GUAUGCACGUGCAGCAAUAGCGCACAGAUUUCUAGUGAUGAAGAAUGACUGACAGAAUCCGUUUGGUGUAAUUGUCAAUUAACAGCUCUGAUAGGAAAAUAUAUCCCGGCUAAUACAGUAUCUCUAUCAGGACCUCCUGUUUCUGUCCUUCUUCCUGGUUUAUAGAGGUAAGUCAAAUUUUACUUGACGGGGGAACGUUCGACGCCAGAGGGCACCUUGCACACUUAAAACUUAAUUGAUGUGCAGUAGAUGUAACUUGAUACACUGAUGCAUGCACAGCAGGUUGUUGUGAUUAAUAGAAAUGGACGUUAGUCACAUAUGUCAUUAUGAUGUGGGGUUAAUUAGAAGUCGAUGAAUUGAUGUCGAGAAGGUUCUCUUGGUGUUCAAUGCCAGACAAUUUUGUUGAUAUUCGGAUGAUAGAGGAAAACAAAUGCUUCUGUUAUAAAUAUAUUGCCUUUGAGUUAAACCAUGGUAGUUAAAUUAUCUUUGAAGAACGGAACUUGCAGAUUUUUUUCUUCUUCUAUAAAUUCUUUUAGUUCGAAGCAUAGAUGAUAUCUGCAGACAGCUAUGUGUGUCUGUCUGUUCGUCCGUCCAUACGAAGCCAAACGACAUAGCCUACUUGAACUGAUAUACGAGAAUGAUUAGUGAAAGUAACUUUUUGCAAAAAUUGUAACUGCAAUAGUAAGUGGUACCUCAUUAAGUAUUUAUCAGGAAUUUUCUUUAAAAUUGACAAAAGCAAAUGUAGCAAAUCAAGAUGUGUAAUUUCACACCCAGAGAACUGUAAUAUUUCAUAAAGUAUAACCCAUUGCAAGCUCAUCGUCGUAAUACAACACAUUUCCGAUCUCAUGAAGACUGACGCACAUAUUUGAAAUCUAAAAUUCUUUCAGGGAAUGGAGUAUGUUUUUCGGAAGCGCAAUAUGUUCCCAAAGAAAAGCAUUCUUCACUCCCCACUGCUUAGGUUAUGAAUGUGCAGUCACACGUGCACAUUCCUGUGAGUGUAUCAGCCUGUUUCAUCUUCCGAUAGACAUGGAUUACAAAUCAUUGCCAUUAUCACAAAAUGUUCUUCUCGUAAGGAAAAAAAAAAAAAAGAUAAUGAGAGAAAUUGGCUUGCUGCAGCGAUUCUGAAGUUUGAUAGUAGAAUUCAGUAUGCUGGAUUAAGGAUAUUUUAUGUAAUACGAUGUCUUGAGGCUUUGAAUAGUUAGGUUCAAACAAGAAAAUUAUCUUCAUGAUUGUUUCUUCUCUUGCGUUCUCUUUUUUCUUUCCAAACUUACGAAAAAAUGUUCAUUAUGAAUAAGACGAAAGGUAUUUUAUCUUGCUGCAUCAAUCCUCCUGAAAUGAAAAUCAAACAGUGUAUUUUUUUCUACAGAGAGGGGGAAAACCUGAUUGAUGCUCUGUCAGUUGGGUGAUAAGGCUAUCGCGAAAUGUUCAUUGUUGAUAGCCAUGGUGACCAUUUAGAUAUCCAUAUUCCUGCUAACAUCACACUUCAUGUUUAUGAAUUACCCAUAUGAAUGGCCUUGAGGUUUGUACUGUUGGAAAAUGGGUGACGAAGUUCGAGUUAUAAAUAUUGUAUUUUUAUACAAGAAUAAAAUUUAGAUUUAAGAAUUUUUUUUACUUUUAAGCAAAUGUUGGGGAUUUUAAUUCUUUGAAGAGGUCUGUCUGUAAAGCUUUGCGAUUUUUACUCAAAAAUGCAAGGAAACAUGAAAAGUCUAAAUUUCUUCUUGGCCACAUACGUAUGUAUGUUGUAAUGCACUCCAGAGAUGCAACCUGCACCGUGCGACGUCAAUGGGGGUCAAUCAACAGAUGGUUCUUAUGCCCAAGCACUGUACAGGAAAUUGAAACAUUCCUCUCCCUGGACCUUUUGCCUUUCAACUAAUACAUUACCGGCCUUGAUCGCCGACUCCGUUGUAAACAUGAUGCAUAUUGGUUACAUAUACACGAAGUGAGACGAUCCUGGCACCGACACCGCUAGUGUACCUGUCAGCUGCCAUUUGUAUUUGCCUCUCUCUCUCUGUCUUUAUCAAGGUUUUAUUUUCCUAGCUGUCGCUGUUCUUCUAAGUAUUGCCCUUCUCGAAUACCGGUAUUGUAUUAUAUAUGGCCUCCACUACUAUUCGGAUUUUACCAAGAAGGGCGGGGUCUGAGCCGUUGGACAUUACGGUAUUUUCGAACAGUCCAGCAGAAGGGGAACUCCAGAGGGGUGACGUCAUACUUGCCAUCAACGGUCGUGACGCAUCAACGCUGACGCACAAGCAAGCUCAGGACGGCAUCAAACAUUGCGGAGGACAGGUCGAACUUCUCGUCAGCAGACCACCCUCUGGAGCCUCUGUGAAACCACUACAGCCACAGAGUCCAACUCGAGCCCCACAGCUGCCUGUCAACAAAACUGCUUCUAUACAGAUUCCAAUAAGGAGAUCCUCAGACCACGGUCCCAAAACCAUGCCUCCUCCAGCCGUUGCCGGUCAUCAGCCCAAGAAAAUUACAAUGAACAAGUUUGGUGGCGGGGUUACGAAUUUCGGAAACAGUUACGGGGCCCGGGCUAUGCAACCAGGCUGGUCCCCACAACCUUCUAUCUAUUCUCAGCAGUAUACCCCACAGCCGUCAAUGCAGGAACGAGAGGCCACUGCCCCGCAAUUUCAACCACAGCAGUACCAACCACCUCCUCAACAGCAGUACCAACAGUAUCAAUCUCCACCGCAACAGCAACAAUACCACUCUCCGCAGCAACAAUACCACCCUCCGCAGCAACAAUACCAGCCACCGCCACAGCAGCUAUAUCAACCACAACAGUCGCCACGAUCUCCCCAAGCGGCGCAGUACCAGCCCUACUCUCUCAACCAGCCGCAGAAGACAUCUGUGGCGACCUUUUCUCCAUCGACUCCUACGUCACAGUACAUCUCGCCAGGUUUGAGUCAGCCCGAUUAUGUUCGUUCUGAUGACCCAAUUGAUGAUGAGGUGGACUACGAAUACGUUCCUGUUAGUCAGAGGAGAACCGUGUUCAAGGACAAGCAAGAAAAGCAACCACAGAUGAAUGCUAAUGGAGCAGAUGACGAUUAUUAUUACCCAAACUGCCCCGUUUGGGAGCGCAGGAAAAUGUUUAUGAGAGACCAGCCAAGAGUUAAUAGAAGUGGCAGAAGAAGGACAUAUGGUUCACCAGGAGGAGGAGGCAGCAUGAGUCAGUUUGGAACGGACUAUUCCAAGGGCCCGACUCCAGCAGCAGUCACUGUUCAGCAGAGGCCACGCCCACCCCCUGUCACACAGGUGCCUGUGAACAUAGCUCCAGUUUCCCACGAUGAGCCAGACACAAGCAGCUUCUCGAAAGGCUGGUCUGGUACGCUGAAGAGUUCAGGGGGCCCAAGACCUUGGGAACAAGAGAAGACAGAAUAUGUCAUGCCAUCCUUGCGUGAACCGGAGCAACAACAGACGUCCAAGCGACCCGCUCCAGCAGUUUCACCGAAACCUUCACGCAGCCCGCAACCUAGAAAGCCGGCACCUUCACCACAGAGACAGAUUGUUGUCAGGUCUGUUCCCAAUGACGAAGCGCAGCAAGAGCAACCGCCGCAAGAGGGCGCUAAGGCGGUACACUUGCAGUACAAUUCUCCUAUGGGGUUGUACUCCAAUCAAAAUAUCGAGGACACUUACAAUGCCCAAAUCGCUUAUCCUGGCCAAAAUCCGACAUCGUCCACUGCGACUCCUCAGCCAAAGCAGGGACAAUACUUUGGAACAGGCGUGUCACAAACCAUGUUUGUAGUCGACGAUUCCGAUGACUAUCUUUACAAGUUGCUCAGCGAGCACAAACAUCUAGUUGGAAAAGUGGUUGAAAAGAACAUGGCACCCAAAGCGUCUGAGUUUCAACAUCCUGUCACACAGUAUGUACCGAUUGCCCAAAUACCAGUGCAGCAACACGAAGUUGAGAGUAUGAGCGAAGAACGACCUACGUAUUCCAAAGUUGAACCUCCCGUGAGAGUUACACCUGUUGAUGUUCUGGAUCCACAGCCUGCACCACUCAAGCCUGUCAUAAAACCUGUCAAACCCCCGAAAGAAAACAGGGCAUCCGUUGGACAAGAGAGUCUUAAAUCAGAAGAGAGAACUCCGCCAUCGUCCAAAGAACAGCACAAAGAAGUCCGGGCGCCAUUACAAGUCAACGAAACACCACCGCUACCAAACAAAGUGUCGCCAAAUGUAAAUACUGAACCAGCGGAUACAGCCGAUCAAAGUAUAGGAAAUAAAGAUAUAUCUAGUCACUCAUCUAAUAUCAAUACUGAGAAAAAUAUCGAAUUACCAUCCGAUAUAUCAAACUCAAGCCAAAGUAUACAUGACUCUUCUUUGAAUAAUGAAAAGUUGAACACCACGGAAGAUGCAAGCAUUUCUAAAUCAAGUGAAAAUAUACCUGUUUCUAGUAGUGAAAAGUUAGGUGAUUCAAUUGAUAUAAAUAAAGCUGAAAGUACGCCAGCAAUAUUGCUUAAAUCCAGUGAAGAUUUACCAAUUUCUAAUGAUACUGAAACAGUCUGUCAAGAUCCUAAUAAAGUAGAACAAACAGGAAAUGCCAUUUUAGAUGAAUCAAGUACAAAAGAAAUCAUUGAAGGGGAAGUUGACACGAAAUCUGAGUCGGUCGAAGUAACAGAUGAGUCAAAGUCAGCGGAAAAUGUUAAUGAAGAAGUUGGAAAAGAUACAGGGAAAAUAGAGGAACUUGAUAACCAAGAGCAAAAUGUAGAAAAGCCAAAGGAACAAGAAAGUUUAGAAGUAGAAAAACGACCAUCAGAUGAUAAAGAUAUUGAUGAAACUAUCGUGGAAACGAAUGAUAAUAUAGAAUCUUUAGAAGACAUGAAAGAUGAGAUAAUAGAUGUUGUAUUAGAACAGAAAUCAAUGAUAGUGGAAAAUAUUGCGUUGAAUGUACAGGUAGAGGAGGUGAAUGUACAAGCUGAGGAGAUAAAUACACAGACAGGGGAGGUAAAUACACAGACAGGGGAGGUAAAUACACAGAGAGGGGAGGUAAAUACACAGAGAGGGGAGGUAAAUGUACAGGCUGGGGAGGUAAAUGUACAAGUAGGGGAGGUAAAUGUACAAGCAGAGGAGAUAAAUGCACAUACAAGGGAGGUAAAUGUACAGGCAGGGGAGGUAAAUGUACAGACAGGGGAGGUAAAUGUACAGGAAGAGGAAGUCGUUUGUGCAUCAGAGGAACAUGUGGAAGUUGUUAUUGACUUAAAAGAAUGCCAACAAACGUCUGACCCAGAAGUUAAGUCUUCAGAGGUGGUCAAAACUCCGGAAUCAGAUAAUAAGGAAGAAAGCACAAAUGAGCAACAGACGGAGACACCAGCGGAAGAAGUAAGAGAUCAACAAGCGAGAGAAGAAGAGACUGGAAUCAAAGAAGACGCAGCGGAAGCUGGAGGGCAAGAAGAAAAGAAAGAAUCUGAGUCCAUGGACAAGAAACCGAAUAAGAAAGAGAGACUGGAUUUAUCCCAAUUCAAACAAGAAAAGAAAGCACCUGGAAAGUUGAAUGUGAAGCAAUGGCAGACCAAUUAGUCUAACGGAGGAUGUGUGCCAUGGUAAUUUCUUACUCCUUCCAAGCAUGGCUCCUGGGUGAUUUGAAGUGAGGCCAGAACCUAUCCCUCUAGACAACUUGUGCUAAUUGACAAUAGGGUUAUCAUCGAUUGAAUCCUUAAUUGUUUGCAGUUGUCUUUUGCCAGUUUUUAUUCUGCGAAGGCUAAUUUUGCGGAUUUGCCAAUCUUUUCAGUCUAUAUAUUAUUUUCGUUUCUCAUGCAUUGGUUUGGAACAAUUAUGAUUUCUCUUAUCCAUUAUUUUGCGAAAUAUUAUGUUUUCACUUUGUUGUAUUAUACAUAAUCAGGCAGGAUCAUCAAUGUGAUUUAUUAACAUUAAUAAAUUCUUUAAUAGAAAUAGCAAUUGUCCAAAAUACCAAGUAUUUUGCAUGUUUUAUGUUUGUAUAUGCACUGUUUUAUAUGGUAUGCAGCACUUGCAUGAUUGUGAUAGAAACGUGCGCUUAGAUUAUUUACGGACCUUUAUGAUUAGGAAUCCAUUGCUACACUGAAAUUCAUGCAAAUCUUGAUUGUGUAAUAUUCGCGAUAAAUUGGUGAGAAGCAUCAUAUACUGAUAAUUAGUGAUUUUACGAAUGUAUCACUUUAAUUUGAUAAUUCCUGUGUUUACAUUACUACAUACACGAGCGGAUCCUAUAUUGGACAAAAGUGGUUUUACUUGCGGUUUUUCUCUCUUUCUUAAAUUGUACAAAACAAUUUAAAGAGACACCGUUAUAUAUAUUUUGAAACAUAAUCGAAAGUGCAUUUUUUUUUUGCAUUUAUACAAAUAUUGCAGUAGGUCACUGUACUCUGAGGUGAAUACCGGUCUUAAUUCUCGCAUGCAAAGUUUCGUUUCCGAUUGAAAGUUUGUUCUAUUGCUACUGCUUAUCACUCAUUUUAUUUCUACCUGAAUCUUUACUUUGAAGUUUGAAUAUAUUGUGAAAUUUCAAAACACAUUAAAACGAGAAUGUGUCUGUUUACGGAUUUCUAGGUGACAGAGACUGGAACCAAUCUCACGUGUACCGCAUGAUCAACGAAA